UUUGUUCGCGGAAGGCUUUAAAUAAAAGCUAUGUCGUUCCAUUUAAGUACAAAGGAGAGACUGCUCCUUCUCAUUGAUGACAUCGAAAUGAUUGCUAAAGAGCUCAUCGAACAGGCCACCAUGCCCAAACAUCAGAAAAUAUCCAGUGUCGAGCACGCGUCACUUGUGGACCUGUUGGUGUCCAAAGACGAGGAGUUUCGCGAAAUGCUAGAGCUGGCCGACGAGCAGGCAAAGGUUGAGGAAUCCAUGGACAAAUUGCGUGCCAAGGUCGAGGUGCAUGAUCGUGAAAUUCAGAAGUUGCAGAAAUCCCUCAAGGACGCUGAGCUCGUGCUGUCCACAGCCAUAUUUCAGGCGCGUCAAAAGCUCGCCAGUAUUAAUCAGGCCAACAAACGUCCGGUUUCCUCAGAAGAACUCAUCAAGUAUGCACACCGCAUUAGCUCUGCGAACGCCGUCAGUGCGCCUCUGACUUGGUGUAUUGGUGACCUGCGAAGACCAUAUCCGACCGACAUUGAAAUGCGCAACGGCCUAUUGGGUAAAUCAGAGCAGAACAUCAAUGGCGGACCGGUAACACAUCAAAGCAGUUGCAUACCUCCUGACGCCCAACGCAAUUUAAGUAGUGGCGGUGAGGUGCCCAACACUUACCAAAAUCAAUUUAACUGGAAUCCUAUGGGUGAGCUGCAUAUGACAAUGGGUGCUUCGGGAAAUUCGGUGGCUUUGUCAAAAGAGUCAUCUGCUCAGGAUGUCGAGGUUAUGUCUACAGACAGCUCGAGCUCCAGCUCAAGCGACUCGCAAUAAUUUGCGAUGUAAGGAGACUCAUAGAUUUAAGAGCAUUAGCAUCUACGUAUUUAAGUUCAUUAUGAAAUGUAUUCAGUGCAGUGAGAAUUUUUAUAAUUUGCGUGAAAAAUCAAAACGCAUUAUUUAUUACACAAAUAUUAAAUUAAUUCAUUAGAUCAAAA